UCCAUGUCAUAAUUCUCACACCCACACACAUCCAACCCCAACCCAAGCUUUCCAUCGUCCUCUCCACCACCAUCUUAAUCCGUCUAAUAAUUCACAUCUGAUGCUAGAAACCCCAAGAGAGGAUAUAUCUUUUAUCCGAUGGAUCACGACGGCACAUCCAUACCAGGAUCCAUUCAUGGCAGACCAGAUCCAGUCGGUGGGGCCCAUCCGGGGCUCGCUAACGGCAACGGUAACAGCGCAGGUCAGCUGAUCGUCUCCUCCGUGGCGCCGCCGACAUAUCCGACGCACAGGCUGAGAUUGAACCCUAAUUCGGAUCAUCAGCCCGAUAAUUACGAGGAUCUACAGCUAGAUUUCACCUCAUCAGUCUUCAGCUCACUGGAGAGGUACCUCCCGCCUAAUCUCCUCCUCCAGGCGCGUGAUGUGAAGGUCAAUUACAUGCGCGAUAUUCUCCUGCGUUACUACCCCGAAAGCGAGCGCCUCAGGUUUCAGAAGCACAGAGAGUACAGGCAGAAGAUCAUAUCCAACUACCAGCGCUUGCACAAGGAACUGUAUACUAUGCAGGAGGAGGACGUUUUCCGCCACUCAUUCCUCAGGGCAAUCAGCGAGAACACUGAACAGGCAUUCAGAAACAUAGUCUCCGAGCCUGCACCAGGGAUUUUUACGUUUGAGAUGCUGCAGCCACGUUUCUGUGAAAUGUUGAUGGCUGAGGUUGAGAAUUUUGAGAAAUGGAUAAAUGAGACGAAGUUCAGGAUCAUGAGGCCCAAUAUGAUGAAUAAGUACGGCGUGGUUCUUGAUGAUUUUGGCAUGGAAACCAUGCUUGAUAAGCUCAUGGAAGAUUUUAUCCGCCCGAUGUCUAGAGUUUUCUUUGCUGAGGUUGGUGGUCAUAUGAUUGAUGCUCAUCAUGGUUUCGUCCUUGAGUAUGGGAUGGAUAGAGAUAUUGACCUGGGUUUUCAUGUGGAUGACUCAGAAGUCACCUUGAAUGUCUGCUUGGGAAAACAGUUUUCCGGCGGUGAUCUUUUUUUCCGUGGUGUACGGUGUGAAAAGCAUGUAAACACGGAAACACAGUCAGAGGAAAUCUUUGAUUACUCGCACGUCCAGGGGCGUGCAGUUCUUCACCGUGGUCGCCAUAGACAUGGCGCCAGAGCCACCACAGCUGGCAAUAGGGUCAACUUAUUGUUAUGGUGUAGAAGUUCGGUUUUUAGAGAGCUGAGAAAGUACCAGAGGGACUUUUCCAGCUGGUGUGGAGAGUGCCAACGUGAGAAGAGGGAGAGGCAACGGCAGUCUGUUGCUGCAACCAAGCUGGAAUUGCUGAGGAGAGGAGGGCGCUGUGGUUCUUGAGCCUUCUUUUAUCUAUUUGCCUCACCGCUAUGUAGUUAACUGUUGAUAUACCUAACCAUCCAUGGAGAAAAAAUAUUUUUCUUGGUCUCCCUUGUAAAUAUGAUGUUCUUGUUGUUUGUUUCUUCACCUAUCUGAAAACAUGUAAUUAAAAAUUGAGUAGGUGUAACAUGUCAGGAUUCCUGUCUUGACUUGGGAAGAGAGACGACUCAAUGAUUUAAUAAAACUAUAAUUCUUCGCUACAGUUGUCUGUUUUCAAGUAUUCCCUGGUGGUCUCCUUGACUUGAUAGACAAAGGAUGUCUAUCCUUGACGAGUAGCGAGUGGCAAAGUGCAAGGUUUGUGUAAUUAUAUUUGAAAAGCUUUGAGCUUCCGAAGGAAAAUGUAGCGCCAAUUUUUAGGCGCACAUGUGAUAUAUAUUACAUUAACCCAAGGACCCAAAUACAUGGUCAAAGCUCUGAGACCUAGAAAUAAAAGAGUAAUCUAAUAGUAUAUAUUUCGUCUAAUAAGUAGGGUUGCCAUGAGAAGUUGUGGGUAAAAAGAAUUGAGAUAAUGUGUUAAUAAUUUAUAUACAUCUUGUAGACACUUUAUAGAACACAUUAAUAAUAACUUUUAUCUAGAGUACAAAGUUGAUAUUUUUUAGACUCUAGGAUAUUUUCUCUUUCUAGAGAGCUCGGUUCCACGAUGUUGGAUUUGGCUGUUGUGCGAAUCAUCAGGGAUUUCCUCUUAACCUAGGGUUUAGAUCUAGAUUGUCUCUCUUUCUGUUUGGGUGAGAUUUUGGUUUCAUUCCUAGUUAGGGUUUGGUCUGUUGUAGUUUUCUUUGGUUUCCUUUUCGCUUGGGGGUAGAUUUAGGGUUUGGGUAGUCGGUUUUCAGCCUUGCCGUGUUUGUUUAUCUCGUAUUUGCCCUUCUCUGUGAUGUUCUUGUGCUUUUGGGUGUUCUCUUUGGUGUUACCCUUGUCUUUGCCUUGUAGGUUUUUCUCUGGAUAGUGGUUGGCUCAGAUGGAUGCAGAUAUCUCAGAUCAGUUAUCCAAGUUCAAGUUAUCAGUGAAAGAAGGGCAAGGGGUCGAAUUAUCUGAUGAGGAUGUAGCACCGGGUUUCAAAGAAUGCCAGUUAAGCUUGAUUGGGAAAAUCUAUGGGGAAAGGAAAGCUAAUUUCAGUGGACUUAAAGCGACAUUGUAAGGCAUAUGGUUUACAAAGAAGCCGUUUACCAUCCGUAGCUUGGGUGAUACUAAAUUUCAAUUCCUGUUCCAAUUGGAGGAAGACAAAGACCGAAUCCUCAAAGGUAAAACUUGGUCCUUUGACGGACAGUAUAUACUAUUGAAGCAAUGGCAACCGGGAAGUACGGAGUUCUCUGAGGAAGAGGAAGUCAUAAAGAUCUGGGUCCAAAUUCAGAACUUGCCAUUGCAUUGGGCCACAACAGAAACAGGCAUGAAAAUUGGAAAGUUGUUGGGGAAAGUCUUGGAUGUCCAAAUACCUACUGCAGGGGGAGUAAAUGGGCAGAUGAUCAAAGUGUUGGUGGAAUGGAAGGUGAAAGAGGCCUUACUGAGGGGGAAAAAAAUUAAAAGAGGGGAGGAAAGCCACUGGGUAGACUUCAGGUAUGAGGCUCUUCAACACUUCUGCUUUUAUUGUGGUAAAAUAGGUCAUUCUGACAAAAGUUGUUUGACUAAAAAAGAUGACAUUAGUAGGAGCAUUAUUAAUCUGGGACAGUUUGGUGAUUGGUUGAGAACAGACAACUCUUGAGGGAGUGACUUUAGGGGGGGUAGUAGCCAUAGAUCAGGUAGCCCUACUAAUGUUAGGACUAGCCCUAUUCCUAGCCAGGAGAUAGUAGGGAAAGAGAUUAUAGGUAGGGAUGAGUUAGAGAAUGAGGAUGUAGCUAGUGGUAGUGGGCUGGGCAUUGAUAAAAGUAAAUUAUCCAGAGUGGGGCCAGUGAGAGUGGGUUCAUAGAAGUCCCAGUGCAGGAUAGGCUUGAUCAGGAAAUACCUGACCAGUUUACUUCUGUCAUUGAUUUAAGGAAACUGAUCCACAUUUAGUGGAUGUGAGUAUUACCCCGGGUAACAUAGAAAGUCAAGUUCUACAGAGAAAAAAGAAAGUUGUGGUGAGGAAACCCAGAGGGGGAGUUGUGAUCAAAUUUGAUAAUAUGUUAGUGGAUCCUGAAAUUCAUGUGGAGUCAAAUGUUAUUAAUUCUGUUUUGAAAAAGAAGAGACAAAUCAUAAAUAUUGCUGAAACUUCUGAUGUUUUGUUAGAAAAGCCAGAUAAGAAAAAACUUAAAUGUUCCAAAAAUCCAAAUGAUUUUGAGGUGGAGGAAACCAGCCCUAACUGGUCCCAAAGUGUCCAAUGAAAGCUAUGGUGUGGAAUUGUAGAGG